AUCCCAUCCAAGACGGGGAUUGUAUAGCUGUAAAGAGUCGAAAUGGCCCAACGCCCUUCAAAGUCUGCCACUAUUAAUGAGAAUGCAUAAUGCGCUGUAUAUUUGAUGCUUGUAGUGACAAAUGUGGUGUGUCUUCUCCUAGCCGGGGAAGCCAACAAUGGCCCAUAUGACAAACAAUAAUUAUAACUACGGCAGCAACUACCCUCCUGGCAAUAACCGGGCGCCUACUUCCCAGCAAGGCUUCGCGACUUCCAGUGCGACGGCUGGGGAUCCAUACCAUGGCGCAAAAACGACCGCGACGCCAACACGAACGUACCCAAAUAAUGAUUACCAGUAUCAGCAAUACCCACAACAGGCCAGCGCGAAUAACGGCGGUGGGUAUAAUUGGGGUGUUUACUCUGGGGGGAAGGCGACUGCGGCCACUGGCAUGGAGAGCUUAAGCAAUCCCAGUGUCCCCGAACAAACCCUUAGCACUACGACCAAGUCAAACGCGCAGAAUACCUAUGAUACAAGCGGCCCGGGAAAUCUAGCCUACGCUUCAGGUCUCAAUUAUAACUCUGCUGCGGAAAUGGCGCAAAAUACGGCGAGAUACUCUGGGGCGAGUGUGUACCAGAACACCCCCUCACAAGUCAACGAUCGUCCAAGGCAAGAUAGCACCAACUCAAGGGCUUCACCGGCUACUGGAAUCCACUCGCAGAUACAUGCCCCUGCGCCAGCUGCGGGGAUAAAAAAAGGAGCUGAAUAUAAUCUCCCAACGCCGUCGCCUGCGUAUCCUCAGUCUCUGAUAAACUCAUAUCCUCAACGCUCUACCAAUACGACGAUGCCCAGUGGGGGAACCACUGUCACAUCGAGAGCCCCGCACACGAUGGAACCGUCUUCUCGGAACAUACAACAAUGCCAGUAUGCACCGUAUACCCCAUCGCAACCUCAAAAGCCAGCGGCAGCGAGGGCUUUUAAGCAGGAGCAAAGUCGCCAGAAGUCGACACCCCCAGUGGCACCCGUAGCCAGGAGUACUGCGAAUACAAGUUCAAAUGCAUAUAUUAACCAACCGCGCUCGCAGGCCGCUCGCGGCCCAAAUAACCAGAGUGGGAGGGCAAUCCAAACCUGCCCUCCGCCAGCCGCCACUUUGCCUCCUGCUAAGAUGCCUACAAAUGUGAUCCGUAGAAUAAGCGAUGGACAAACGCCUACUACACAAAAUAUUAAUAGCCAACCAAAUAAAUACCAGCCUGCGCCUACCUCCCAGCUGCCACCAACGUCCAACUAUCUCCCGCUGCCCACGCAGGUAUCAACUGCUCGCAACCAACAACUUCCACAGCCACAGAGACGGCCAUCACCAGACAGACCAACCACUGUAGACCCCAGCCAUGUUUAUAAUAGCUACCAUGAGUAUCAGAAACAAAUAGAAGCCGCAGAAGCGGAGGCAGCGAGACUCGCCAAAUUAAAGGAGAUGGCGGCUGCAGAAGAACAACAACAGCAAGAAGCUUUAAGAGCCCAGCAGCAAAGGGAAAGAGCAGAUAUGACAGGGGCCGCGGUCGAAGCAGCAAUGACGCUUACCCAUGCCAUGUCUGCCAAUAAUGCAGCAGAACCAGAAUCCGAGUCUGAAGAGAGCGAGGAGGACGACCAAGGACAAGAUUCUAACAAUGCUGACGAAGACAAUGAAGACGAGCAGCAGGAUACUGCAGUGCCUACUUCUGAGAACAUAUCUCAUCCUGUGUCGGCGGCACCAGUUAAUUCGAAGGGGAAAGCCUCGGCUCCAUCCAUACCAAAGCAAAUGGCAGGACCGCCGGAGCCGCCAAAAGAUGAUACUGCGGUGACAAUGGAGGAAGAGAUGCGGAGGAUGGUUGAAAGACUACGAGACUACCAGUCAAAAGAUCCUAAGCUAUUCCUCCGGGUCUGGUCCUCAGUGAGGAAAACCGGCGCCGGGCAAUCACCUCAGCCACAGGCAGAAGGAUCUCAAACCCAAGGCAGCCCAGUGACACAAUCAGUCGAAGCUCCAUUGAAGAGUCCAACUUCAGUCGUUUCUCAGCCAGCAGAAGCACCUAAAGCUACUCCGGUUGUUUCAGCACCAGUGUCUGCACCUGCACCAUCCCCCGCACCAAAGGGCAAAAAGGCAACACUGCAAAGCCCGGGCAGUUCCCAGUCACCAUCAACACAGGCUAAGCCUUUGACUAAAGAAGCUAUCAAUGCUAGGAGGAGGGAAAAGCGGCCUAGCAGGUCAAGGAAAGCGUUGGCUGAGCGCGCAGCUGCUGAACUUGCAGAGGCUGAGGCUAAGAUAGCAGCAGCGGCUGCGGCGGCGACCGCUGCGGCUUCUACCACGAUACCUGCUGCACAAGAGCAUGCGCUUGUGACACCUGGCAAGCCGGAUGUGGUUGGAUCCCAAGAGACUAAUAAAUCUACCACGAACACCCCUGGAGUAGCAUCCAUUGCCCAACCACCCCGGAGGGCUUCCUCUAGUACAGCAACGCCAGUCGUUGUAAAUACUGCGGCGGCUAGCAGAAAGCCAGUCAACAGCAGCCAACAGACACUGGCUGCGACAUCGCAGAUCACAGGCCGUGCUGCAAUUCUGCCAUCAUCUCAGCAAGGUUCGACAUGGCCCACAGAUAAGAGAGACGCAAUCGCAAUAACGGCCGCGACUGUUCUCAAUGAGAUCCCAGAGAAUACUGGGAAGGAAAUCUUGGCACGACAAAUCCGGGACAUGCUGGAAGGCAACCCGAGUUACCUUGAGUUGUGUGAAAUGAUUGAGAAACUGGGAUUCAAAAUGGAUAGAGCACGGUUUGCCAAAACUUUACUUGCUAUCUUACCCAGCGGUUCCAAGCCUAGGCCUCAACCACCUCGUCCUGCGGCCGUGACCCCAACAUUAUGGCAAACGGCCUCUGUUACCUCUGCACCUCAAGCACAAGCGUCCCAGCAGAAUACCCCACAACCAAUACUACCACCUGCGGCAGGGGUAGCACCAGGGCAGGCUGCGAGAAUAUCUCCAUUGACACCUGGGACCACACAAGCUCCACCACAGGCCAGCCAGACGCCGGGUUCUGGGACUCCUAAUAAUGGGAUAGAGCGUCGCCCAGUGGGUAGGCCACGAAAAGAUGGGCUGCCUCCGAUGUCUCCAUUUAGUGGUUCGAGGGUGGGUCGUGGACCGGUCAGGCCACGAAAAGACGGGCAGCCUGCGGAGUCUCCAUAUCCUGCUGUGGAAGCAGGUCGUGGACGAGGCAGGCCACGAAAUGACGAACGGCUUGUAGAUGAGCAGUCUAUAUAUCCUUCGCGUGCAGAGGAGGGACAAGAAAAUCAUGUGGCUCCUGUACCAGCCGUUCAAGGAGCGCCUAAUGCAGCCACAACUGCCACUACAACAGCGCCUGAUACGUCUAAAUCAGUAGCCACAGAUUCGCCAAAUUCACCGGCCCAGGCCCCUCUGCCUACAUCAGUAACCGCUACUUCGCCAAAUGCACCAGGUCUACACCCUCAGUCAGCGCUAGCAACUACAGCUCCGCCGAAUGCAUCAGCAACAGCAGCGCCGCCAACUGCGACAGAACAGCCAAAUGCACCGCGUGCUUCCGAGGGCCUAGGACGCUCAGCUCCAUUGACUACCGAAGAGAUACACCACAUGUCGCUCCUACAGGCUGAUGUGGGCAUGGGCAAACCCAGGCGAGUAUCAAAACCAGACUCGGGGGGAGCUGGUAAUACUUAUUCGUCCCCAUACCAAAACGAUGUUGCUCCUCCUCCUAAAGGUGGUUGGAAGACAUGGCGAGACUCAACAGCAAACUCAACAACAACACCAACACAUCCUUAUCCCACUCGUCACAAUAUUUCUAACCCAAUACCGCAUCCGCCUCAUCACAAUAUUUCUAACCCAAGUCCUGCGAUGGGUGGUCCUAGUCCACCUGUACAAUAUAAUUCUCAAUUUGGCACACCUACAGGACCGCAUGGUCCUCCCCAGCAUGGUCCUCCUCAGUAUGGACCGCCUCAGUAUGGGCCACCUCAGCAUGGCCCAUUCCUACCAGUGGCAUAUCCCUACCACCACCACGGAAAGCAGCUACUACCAAAUGCAUAUGCUGCACCUCAACCGGCGUGGGCACCGGCACCGGUUCCUCCUGCAGCUCCUUUAACAAAGGAGGCACAAGCUAGGAAAAGGACCUUUGCUGAGAUUAUUGACCUCACAAAAGGAGAAUCCUCAGACAAAGGUGAGGUGCACAAUGAGAAGAGGCAACGCGUUGAUGCCACUGCCGGUGAUCGGAUCAAUAAUUUAUCCGUUGGGCACGGGCCAAUAACAGGAGAGGUUCCAACGCGACCAAGACAACCUAAACCCCUCCCUUUUCAACAUCACCAUCAACCUCACUUAAAUCCGCCUCCUCACAACAAUACCACGAACAUAACCGUCAAUCCUCAAGUUCAAAUCACUAGAAAUCCACUUCUAGAAUACGGCGGAAUCGUAAAGAGCAUUGAUCGAUCCCUCGCCCUCCGCAGAUCGCGUUACGACCCAAAGACCAUCGCACGUGACAUUCUCAUUUCCACGGGCAAGCAUCCUACACAAAGAGGCCUAAACGCGCAUCUCAAGCAACUGAAAGAACGCUUCACAAAAGUCGAUAACACAUCCGAUCUCAGCACCUUCCGCUGGGACAUCGUCGACCCAGGCGGUGCAGAAGUGGGAUCAGCAAACAUGCCUCCGUACGGUCCUAACAAACCCGUCCCCUACCCUACUCCUCUCACUGAAGGUACGCAUAAAAAUUACGGUCCUAGCCGCCCAAGCGGUCUCCGCAAUGAGACAUCGCAGUCGAAUUUUGCAAUCGUAAUCCCAGACGACACUAACGGCGAUGAUGAAGAAAUGGAAGAGAUCCCUGUUGAACCCGCCGCCGCACCGGCCCCUAAGCGCCGUGGCCGCCCUCCCCGUGACCCUAACGCGGUCAUGCCUACGCCUGCUAAGCGCGUCCUGACUCGCACCCGCAGAACCCCUGGUGGCCCAGCGUCAGCUGCCGCUGACGAAGACGAGCUCGAGCUCCCGGCUCCUAAGCGCCGUGGCCGUCCCCCUGCUAAGGAUAAGCGUCCCGAGAUCCCGUAUUCUCGUCUCGGACAGCCGACUUUCAUUCCGUUUCUAUGUGAGUGGCGCGGUUGCAAGGCUGAGUUGAUGAAUCUUGAGACGUUGAGGAAGCAUGUUUAUGUUGUCCAUGGGAAGGCGAUUCGGAUUAAGGAGUUUGUUCCUAAGUCAUGUUUGUGGGGGAAGUGUGGGAAGAAAUUUGAGUCUCGUGAUGGAGAUGGAGACGAGGAGAUGGGUGGUGUAGUCCAGGAGGAGAUUUUUGGGGACGAAGAGGCGUUUAAGGCUCAUAUGGAGAAAGCGCAUAUUGUGCCUGUGGCGUGGCACAUGGGUGAUGGGCCGCGCGGUACUACUACUGACGGCAACGAAUCCGACCACACCUCGUACCUCAACUCCCCCCUCACCGGCCGCCCCAUCACCCCCUCCAUCGCCAACCAAGGCAUCACCACCACCAUACCCCGUCGUCGCGGCCGCGCACCAGCUAGCGCAAAGACAUGGACGCAGUGGGAGUACUGGUGUGGACCUAAAUAUUUGUUGAAGGCUUCGCAGCGAAAGGGCAAGUUUAGGAGUACGUAUGCCCAGGGGUGGAGGGGGGGAGAGGAGGAGGUGGAGAGGGUGUAUGGGGGGGAGAUGAGGAGUGCGGCGAGGGCGAAGGCAGGGGUUGUGGUUUAUUCGAGGGAGAUGCCUCAGGAGAUGAGGGAGGCGUUGGGGGUGGAGUAAGGGAGGAGAUGGGGAGUUGGCUGACGGACGGCGGGGAUUGUUUUAUCGGUGUGAGGUGUUGUUUGCUUUUCAUUAUACCCUCAAUUUUCAGCGGUACUUGUACGGAUUUUGUCAACUAGGGAGCUUGCUCGGGCUUGAGCUUGCUUGCUUUCGAUUUGCUUGUUCUAUGGCGUUUGGGAGAGG